GUACUAUAUAAAGGGUAAAGGUACAAAAACUUUCUAAAAGCCGGUACAAUUUCUCUUCAAUCUUGCAUCAAAAAUCCUUACUGUAAAACCCCAUUUUGCAUUCCCAAAUUUCCAGCAUGGAUAGCGACACAAACUGGUCGGAAAAGGUGGAAGAUCUCGUGGAUAAUGGAGAAAUCAAUGAAGCCAUUUCUUUACUUGAAAAAAUGGUAUCAAAGCUAGAAAAUGAGUCUCAAAACUUGUCUUCUUCAACACAGUUAUCUAUUGCUUUACUGGAAUUGUCGAAACUGUAUUCUACUCAAGGAUUGUCUUUAAAAGCUGACCAGACACGCUCAAGGGCAUUCCUCAUUAAAUCUGCUAAAGAAAAUAGGGAUGUAAAUGAUACCAAGGAGCCAACUGGUGAUGGUGAUAACAAGGAUCACGUCAGCUUGCAAAUUGAUACCUCACAGAAUGAUGAGGAUGAUGAUUGGGAAGCUAUUGCUGAUCGUGCUCCAGAUGAAUUACUUUCCCCACAACACUUGCCAGAAGUGUCUAAAAUUUCUUUGCAAGAUUUGAAAGUUCAGGGCCCCAAGCGACGUGGACGGGGUACAUUCUCCUAUCAGAAAGACAGUCUCUACAGUGAUCAGCAGUCAGCUGGGCCUUCCGUUGAUGACAUUGAAGAUGAAACUGCUUCCCCUGUUUCAGAAGGGAGUUCAGAUACAAAAAAUUUAAACUAUGGAACGCUCCACGUCCUGGUUCUGGCUGAUUUUCCACCAAGCACUAAAACAAAUGACCUAGAGAAACUGUUGGCGAAAUUUAAAGACGACGUAGCAAUUCGCUGGGUCAAUGAUACAGUUGCACUAGCAGUCUUCAGAACACCAUCCCUUGCACUAGAGGCCAGCAACUCAAUACACUGUCCAUUUACAGUGAGGGUACUGUCUGAGGAGGACGAACUUUUGAGCUCAAUUCCACCAAGAGAUCUGGAGCCUCCUCGUAGAAGACCUCAGACAUCAGCUAGAACCGCCCAGAGGAUGAUUGCUCAAAGUAUGGGUAUAAAGUUGCCUUCGACGGACUUCGGGUCCAGAGAAUAUAGGAGACAGGAGGAAGCAAGGAGGAACAGGAUAGUCUCAAGACAAAACCUGAAGAAUGAUGCUUGGGGUGAUGAUGACCACUAAGAUUCAUUUGUUCAAGCUCUCUAAAAUUUUCAUUUGUUCAUUAGUAUACAUCAACUGGUGUUACUGCUCUGAAAUCCCCAACCAUUAACCAGCCUCACUUUUUGAGUUUUGCAUUUCUUUGAACAGAUUACUGAGUGAUUCUUGAUAUUGUCCAAUUGGUUUAAAAAAGUAGUACUCAUCCUUGUAUAGCUACAGAAACGAGCCAUACCCUGUUCAGUAUUCAAUUCCCAGUUUCUGAUAUAUAUCUGUGAUGUCAAAAUUGUAUCAUUUGUUUUGGUUGGCAAUCUCAUUGGAAGCUGUGACUUAUC